CCUAGUGUUGAGGAUGCGGUCUAUGAUAAGCAUUUAAAAGAAUUGUGGGAGUUAGAAAUUCAAUAUAAUCUUGUUCUUCCUGGUUCACCGACCCAAAAAGCGGGUCAUCCUGCCAGUCCCAAAUUUCGCCCUGUGGUUCGUCAAAGCCCCAUGCUAAGUUUAGACAGCGUUGAUAAUUAUGAGGAUUUAUUAAACCUGGUUUAUCAAAAUUACCAACUAGUCCAAAUCAGUACCCGCGGCAAUGGAGUUAUUGGUGAGGACAUAACCUUUAAUAAAGAAUUAAUAAAAAAUAUCCCCUUUAACUUAAAAAAAGUUGCUAAUUGUGAAGUGCGGGGGGAGGUUUAUAUGAAAAAGGAAGAAUUUACUCGCUUGAAUGAGGAAUUAAAAAAGUCUGGUAAUAAAUUAUUAGCCAACCCACGUAAUGCAGCCUCAGGUAGUUUACGCACUCUUAUCCCUUUGCAAAAUAGGAAAUUACACUUUUUUGCUUAUCAACUAUUCAAUAGUGAUUUGCCGACCCAAUUGUCUUGUUUAAAGGAGUUAGAAAAAUUGGGAUUUGCGGUUAGUCCUGAUUAUCAAGUAUUCAAAAAUAUUGAAAAAGUAGGAAAGUUUAUUGAAAAACAAGAAAAAAAGCGGGAAGAAUUGGAUUUUGAAAGUGACGGCAUUGUAGUUAAAGUAAAUGAUUAUAGUGUCUAUGAAAAAUUAGGACAAACUAGUCGCUUUCCUCGCUGA